UGCUAUUUGUUCUGAUUGGCUGAGUUCAUAUUGACAAUCUAUUAACAAAUAGGAUUAGUAGGAGCGCAGACGGCGGUGUAUUUCGGAAUACGGGUGGGGAAGAAAAUAACACCAGGCGUGGCGUAAAUACUUCCGCCUUUCUCAAAGGACCACAAAAAUGACGGCGACUCUGCGUCCGUAUCUGAACGCCGUGCGUGCCACCCUGCAGGCGGCCCUGUGUUUGGAGAACUUCUCCUCUCAGGUGGUGGAACGGCACAACAAGCCGGAGGUGGAGGUCAGGAGCAGCAAAGAGUUGCUGCUGCAGCCGGUGGUGAUCAGCCGCAACGAAAAGGAGAAAGUCCUGAUUGAGGGCUCCAUCAACUCUGUGCGGGUCAGCAUCGCCGUCAAACAGGCGGAUGAGAUCGAGAAGAUCCUGUGCCACAAAUUCAUGCGCUUCAUGAUGAUGAGGGCCGAGAACUUCUUCAUCCUGCGAAGGAAAUCUGUGGAGGGCUACGACAUCAGCUUCCUCAUCACCAACUUCCACACGGAGCAGAUGUACAAACACAAGCUGGUGGACUUUGUCAUCCAUUUCAUGGAGGAAAUCGACAAAGAGAUCAGCGAAAUGAAGCUGUCCGUCAACGCACGUGCUCGCAUCGUCGCUGAGGAAUUCCUCAAAAACUUUUGAGAAUAUCUGUCUCUGCGCUCUUUAUGGAGUUUCCUGUAAAGAGAAAGAGAGAGAGAGAGAAGUAUCGCAGGCUUUUAAUGCUCAGCACGAGCUCAUCGUCACUGAAUCAACCGUCAAAAACAAACCAGAGAAACGACCGACUGACUGACUGACCGACCGACCGAUCCUGCGAUGACGUAUGCAGCGUUUCCCCUUUCCCCCUUUUCGCCUUCCAUCUUCUGUUCAAGGUGCUUCUUGUCCCCGUGGAUAUUGAUCAAAAAAGUAACCCCAUUUUCUGAGGGAAAAAAAUACUCAAGGUCAAGGCAGGUCCUUAAAAAGUAUUAUUCGAAUAUGCCUGAAUAUUGAUGGGCACAGGAAACACCGCCACCAACCUUGUAAAUCUACAGUGGCUUGUAUUCAACGUUGCGUCUUUUAUAUAGUCCAUGUGUUGUUGUUGUUUUUGUUACGAAUACGUGACACAUCACGAGAAGCAAAAAAAAAAUUAAAGUGGGUGUUUAUAUUUUGACAUAACCUUUGAUUAUAAUUGCAGGUGAAAUAUAAAGUAAAACAACAACAACAACAAAAAAGAUGUAAACUGAUGGUAGCGAUGAAACCAAUAAAGAUCUAUUGCGCUUUGUGUA